AUGUCGUCGGUCAAAGCCACAAAGAAGAGCGCAUUCUCUUGUGAGCCGUGCCGUAGACGCAAGGUCAAAUGCGGCGGCGAGCAACCUAUUUGCAAUCGCUGUGCUGCUAGAAGCGAUGACUGUAUUUACAAACUCUCUCAAAUCCCCCCCUCAGUUGCCGCCUCAAAUCAUUCGAGUCCUGGGGUCUGGAAUGGCCAUGACUUGAAUCGCCAUCCAGAGGAGCAUGCAAUGACGAGGAGCUUCAUGGGUCUCAAGAUCGAUGACAAGGGUGGCAUUACUUAUCAUGGACCGACGAGUCUCUUUAAUCUUCCCAGUGACCCUCACAAGCAUAAGCCAGACUCGAUAUCAUCCAUUGACUCAGAUGCUCAUAGGAGAGAGCGAUUGGUCAACAAUGCAUGGCAUCAGCGAGCGAUGGAAAACUUGUCUGAUAUUCCAGAACCGUUUCAAUACCUUCUGAACGUGCAUUGGUGCUGGAUCCAGCCUCUUUUUAACUUCAUUUACAGGCCUGCAUUCACUCGUGACAUGCAAUCCAUGGGACCUUACUAUUCUCACACUCUUCUGAACGCUAUGCUCUCACAUUCUAUCCGCUGGGGUAAAAGUGAUCCUUCCACCAAACAGCUGCUGGAUCAGUCGUACGAUGGAGGAGCUGUCUUCGCAAAACAUGCCCGAAGCAUGCUUUUCGACGAACUAAGUCGAGGUGUUUGCACUAUCCCAACUGUUCAGACAUUACUACUUCUUAGCGCAGGAGAAUGUGGUCAUGGCAACACGACACAGGCUUGGAUUUAUAGUGGCAUAGCCUUCCGCCUCAUCGAUCAUCUGGGCAUUUGUGUUGAUGGACAGAGAUAUCCAGGAUCCGUCCAUUUGACUGAUGAGGAGGUUGAGAUUCGACAUCGACUUUACUGGAGUUGCUACUUCUGGGAUAAGAUUAUCAGCCUAUACCUCGGUCGUUCGCCUUCACUACAGCAUACACUUGUGUCUCCACCCCAGAUUAUCAUGGACGACUCGGCUGAGAAUGAGCUCUGGGUCCCCUUCGACUCCCCUCAUGGAUCAGAUUGGAAAUAUCCUCCCGCGACAGCUCAUUCGACUUCCUGUUUCAUGAGUGCUUGUCGAUUAUCGGUCAUCUUUAAUGAGAUUCUCAUCCAUAUGUAUGAUCCAUUACUGGAGAAUACGGAGGCAGAGAUGCAAGAGUGUCUGCAGACCCAGGAUCCUGCCAUGAGACUCUGGUGGGAACAACUCCCUCCGCAUCUUAAGAUCGAACUCUCCGCCAUGCCUGAGUUGGCACCGCCGUCCCACAUCGUUACCAUGAAAAUUCUCCUGUUCAGGCCUAUGCUUACCUGGCAGGUAUACCCAGAAGAUGAGGGCCCUCAUCCGAUGCAAAACCAUCUUGUUGAAUGUGUCACAUCUGCAACAUCUAUUAUCGCCAUCUUCGAUCUAUUCUGCAGAACAUUUACCAUCAGCCACUGCGUUCUAUCACUCUCAUACAGUGUGUAUAUCGCGGCCACAAUUUUUCUUUUGCAGGUUCAAGCUACCCCUGAGGACCAACAAGCAGUCCGCAAGCUGAGCUUCUGCGUACGCGCCUUGCAUCAGGCCAAAAAUGUCAAUCCAGUCAUCUCAAGCGCCUUGGAUUUGAUCACCCGAGAGAUGGCGAAUCUUGGGCUUGAUCCAGGAUUUAGCACACCACAACAACAGCCUCCUCCGCCCAUGCCUCAGCAAAUGCCAGAUGUUCCAAUGCCUACGGACAUACCGAUUACUGAGACUGUUUACCCGGCUUCAUUUGAGAUACCUGCCCAGCAAUCACCUUACGAGCCGGAGCAACUGUUUCAGACACCAUGGGCAGACAACAUGAAUCCAAAUGCAAUGGCAGUCGACCGUGGUGUUUUUGAAGCCUUGUCCUCAUUUGAGCCCCUGAGUGUACGGGUGGGCGCUAUCUACGAGUCAGGAAACAACCCUCAGAAUUUUGGUUGA